AUGUCUUGGAAAUCAGUGUUAACACCUUCAGAUUUAGAAGAAUUAUAUGUUUGGAUUGAUAAGAUUCCCUUAUCGAAGCCGAAGAAGAAGAUUGAACGAGAUUUUGCCGAUGGUGUCUUGGUAGCAGAGAUUGUACGACAUGAAUUUCCCGAUAUGAUCAAUAUGCACAAUUAUGUGCCGAGCGGUUCAAUCAGCCAGAAAAAGGUCAAUUGGGGAAUAUUGAAUAAAAAGGUAUUCGAGCGUCUCGGUAUUCUUAUCCCGGAAAACGUAAUUAAUGAUGUUUGUAACGCAAAAUCUGGUGCGAUUGAACUCGUGUUAUUCAAUUUGAAAUCGAAAAUAAAUCAAGGAGGCGAACCGCGAAAAACUGUACCGAAACAAGUAAAACAAGCACCAAAACAAAAAGUUUUAUCACCACGACAAUCCUUGUUAUCGUUAAGUACGAUCGAUACGAUCAAUGAAGGUCAAUCGUUUCUUUCUGAACGCACGAGUCCAAUGGAUAAAUCGACCUUUGGUGACACGGCCAAAUUAUUUUCUCGUCUCGAAUAUGAAGAGUUGAGACAACGAUGUUUAAUACAACAAGAAGAAAUUCAAGUGUUAAGAGUGAAAAUGCGUCGACUGGAACACGUUGCACAACUUAAAGAUGUUUGUAUUAACGAACUAACUGCAACUAUCAAAGAUUGUCCACACAUGAAACCUGUGGCAACAGUAGCUAACAAAGCUAAUAAAAAGAAAUAA